AUGGCGAAUACAUCGACCAUUUUGUGGACGUUGACCGUUCGCAUGCGAAGUAGUUCGACGCUGGCCGUCAGGAUCGUCGGGGGCAGCAUGAAUAUUGGCGUGCCGCACUCUUCAAGGGGUGUCAGUGGGGUGAAACCUCACGCGGUUUUGGAGCUCACAUCGAUGCAGGACGUUCGCGUCUUGGACUGCUUUGAGGUCAAACCGAGCAUGAUUAUGUUGGUGUCCCUGUCCGACGGCUUCUCCGCGGCGAAUUCGUCGCCCAGUGGCGUCUUCAGGGACGUCCUGACACUCUUGGCCGUUGAGUUGGCCUGA